AUGUCUUGGGCAAACCCAUUUCGAAGACCGGAUGCUCACACACGAUCUGCGUUUGGAUAUACUUUUCAGUUGACAGAGCAUCAUUUGAAUCCGGACCAAAUGGACCCUAUGAAGCAAUCCUACGACAUGUUAGGAGAGAAAGCUUUGGAGAAAUUGGACAGGAUAUCUCCACCGCCAAGCUCAGGUCUUCCUCGCAGUUUGGUCAGAAACGAGGCCAAACCUGAGUUCAACUCCCACGGCACUGGUGAACAGGCUCCGGAAGGUAAAAGAGAUCUUUACGCUCUGUUACGGCAAAAUGCCUUUAAUGAUGAAGCUCUGGGUCAGUUGUGGGUCGAAGUCAAUACGGUUCCUUCCUGGGUAUGUUGGGAUCAGAUUGCUCGAGGACAAGACUGUUUCUAUAGAUACGGCGGCCCUGUUCUAACUGGCCUCGCAUUCCAGUCUUUGCUUGGGGGCAUGGGGGCGGCGAGAGUCGUAGAGACACUAGCGCGAACAGGCGGGUUUUCCACCAAAGUGGCAAGGCACCGGUUAUUUGAAACCACACAGCAUUUACUUCAGUGUACCCGAUCGCUGGAAUCCAUCCAACCUGGUGGCGCUGGCCAUGCCUCUUCGGUACGAGUUCGCUUACUCCAUGCGGCUGUACGCCAAAGAAUCAUGAAACUCGCCCGACAACGGCCAGAGUACUAUGAUAUCAACGCGUGGGGAAUACCAAUCAACGAUCUAGACUGCAUAGGAACCAUAGGUACCUUUUGUGCUACGCUCAUCUGGAUCAGCCUACCAAGGCAGGGCAUUUUCAUGACGCAGCGUGAGGUCACCGACUACGUCGCUUUGUGGCGCUAUAUAGCCUAUUUGACGGGCACUCCAACUGAGCAUUUUGAGACGCCAGAGAAGGCGAAGCGCAUCAUGGAGGUCCUCUUUCUAUACGAGAUAAAGCCCACGGAAACCUCGAAGGUCUUGGCAAAUAAUAUCAUCAAAUCACUGGCGGGCCAACCUCCCGGUUUUGCCUCAGAGGCGUUCCUUCAAGUCAACAGUCGAUGGCUGAACGGCGGCGAAUUAAGUGAUGCACUCGGUAUCGGCAGACCAAGCAUUUACUACUGGGCCUUGGCAGUUGGGCAGUGCCUUUUUUUUAUGGCCAUCUGCUACACAUACAGAUCUGUACCAUACCUUGACCGACGGAAGAUUGCGGCGCUACGCAGGGUAUUCUGGCAAGUCAUUAUCAAGAACAAAAGCGGUCUGGGGGAAGAGACGACGUUCGACUUCAAGUACAUACCGAAUCUCUCGAAGAAGACGCAGAUGGAGGAUGCCCUAGAGCCUGGCAUAAAGAAGGCUGGGAUAGAGCGGCGGAACCUGCAAGCAUUGGGGAUUGGAUGCAUCAUGUUUGCGCUUGCCGGAUUCUUUGGCUUGAGGAUCGUGGCAGCUGUUAUAAAUCGCGCUGUAAAGUGGUUGCCUUGA